AUGUCUUCAACACCUCCAAGCAGUACGCUAUCAUGGCAUCGUUUUGAGCGAAAGGUUGACGAGGUCAGACCAUCAAAGGCUGAGAUUAACUACCUCGUCAUGGACUAUCUCGUCACAAAUGGCUAUCCAGCAGCAGCAAAGCGCUUUGCUGUUGAGGCCAAUAUCCAACUGAGAGUUGAUAUCGAGUCUAUACAAGAACGAGUAGAGAUUCGCAGUGCAAUCCACUCGGGAGACAUUCAGACAGCCAUUGAGAAAAUCAAUGAAUUAAGCCCUCAGAUACUAGACGAGGAUCCUUCUCUUCAUUUUUCGCUGCUUCGUUUGCAGCUUGUAGAACUAAUCCGCAGAUGCACCUCGACACCCGAUGCAGAUAUCACACCUGCACUGGAGUUCGCAACAUCUCAGCUUGCUCCACGUGCGCCUACGAAUCCUCAAUUUCUUGAAGAUCUCGAACGCACAUUAGCACUCUUGAUUUUCCCAUCGGAGAACUUGAAUCCCUCGUUGGCCACUCUCCUACAACCAAGCUUGCGUAAAGACAUCGCUACACAGGUCAACGAAGCCAUCCUAAAGAACCAGGGUGCUCGUAAACAAGCUCGCUUACGCAACCUGGUCAAGCUUCGCGCUUGGGCAGAGCAAAAAGCCAGAGAGACCAAAGUCACUGGACUUCCGGACCAUAUCAAUAUUGGCCUUUGCCAUGAUAAACAGCAAGGCGGAAAUGACCACGCCAAUGGUAAUCCCGACGAUGCUAUCAUGACCAACAAUGGAGACAUUGAUCCCAUGAUUGCCUGA